UCUUAACAAUUCAAGAUGUCUGGCAGUGUUACUCGUGAUAAAAAGAAAGUUGGAAAUCAAUUGAAUGAUAACAUUGUUACAUGGCUUCAAGAAAAUUUUACAGUGUCUUAAUGACGGUCGCAUAGAGUGUUCAGUGGUGCUAGGGACUGCCCGACUUGUUUUCAAAGAAUGCACAGAUCGCGCCAUUGGAAGGGCUAUCAGGAAGUCUUUCCCUUCUGUACUUAGAAAUAGGAGCAACAGCACCUAUUAUUACAAGCACUUGGUAUGGAAGCAACAUAUAAAAGAUAUUGAUGAAAAAGGAAAAAGGACCAAUAUUUCUUCAUUAGAGUUUUGUCAACUGAAGAAAAGUCUGCUAUGCUACUUAGAUGUUCAUCAUAGUAUUCAAGGUGAUUCAAGUAGAGUGUGUUUUGCCACUUAUGAGAAGAUUCUUGUUGCAGUCAAGGAAUUCAAAGAGGGUACAACCUUGCAAACAAUAAAGAAGGAGCUAAAUGCUCUACUUGUGUUAGGGCCUCAUGAGUGCCUUCCAGUACUUCUUGGUGUUUGUUUCGAAAAUGAGCCUUACAGCAUAGUUUAUAAGCUAUAUGGCUUCUAUAACUCACCAUUGAGUAAAAGUUUAGCUAUUCUUUUUAAUACUGUACCAGACAAGAUACCUUCUCAUCUCUGGAUACCAUUUGUUAUUAAACUGGCUAACAGUGUGGAUCACAUACAUAAGAAAGGCUUUGUUCAUGGUGCUCUAAAUACAGACCAUAUACUAGUGAACAAAUUCAAGGGUGAACUAUAUCCAAAGUUUGUAGGACUAGGAAACAGCCUUCAAAUUGAAGACAGUCCUAAUGUUCAAGACRUGGAAUUGAUAGCUCUGGGAAAAGUGAUUAAGAAGAUAUGUGAUAGGUUUGAAAACCAAGAUAUUGAAGUGAAUAAAAUAAUAGAGAUGUUAACUGACCCCUUAAAUAUCCCUCGACCUAGUGCAGGUUACAUAGCUGAAAAGUUUAAGGAUCUACUUGAUGCUGCUCAAUUUGACUGACAUUUUAGUUUAUUCAUAAUUCUUUUACAAAUAGAACUAAAAAUAUAAAUUGUUACAUAUUCAUUAUUACAUUGGACUUCCUGUAUUAAAAGUGUUGGCUCUUAA